AUGGAGAAGGUAGUACAACGAAUGGAAGCUAUGAUUAUUCCUACUUAUGAAGAAGAGUAUGAACAUGUGAAUGUUGUGUUCCCUAAUCAGAGGCCAAGUUAUGCAAAUCAGCAAGUUGCAGCUCCUAAUCCUUAUGGGAGAGAAAGUGGUUUUCAACAACCACAGUUCCGACCACAACCUCCACCUCAGCCUCAACAGCAGACUCAAAAUUCUAGUUUAGAGGAGAUUAUGCAAAAGCAAGAUGCUAAUGCUCAACGUCAAGAUGCAAUCCUGCAUAAACAAGAUACGGAUAUAAAAGACUUGCAACUUCAAAUGGGACAAUUGGCUACAGAUAUGAAUGAAAUAAAAGCACAGAAUUCGGCAAAGUUGCCAUCACAGCCUUUUGUGAAUCCAAGAGAAAAUGUUAAUGUUGUAACUCUGAGAAGUGGGAAGUAA